GCUCUCGUCUCACCUCCCCAUUCUACACUAAACUUUUUCUCCUUUUUCUUCCAUGGAAGAACAGAAAAUUCAAGAGAAGAGCCUCGCUCACGGCGCUGCACCACCGUUGACGGCGGUUGAGAGAUUCUUGAACGGCCAAAAGAACGAAGCCUUGUGCUUCAAGAAACAAGAACGUUCUAUAGACCGACCGAUCGUGAAGACGACAAGGGCGAUUGAGAUUAGAAAUGAAAACAAAGAGAACAUGAUGUUUGGUCCGAGGAAGGAGAAAAACUUGGCCGUUAUUGGAGAAAUCGUCGUUAAAGGUGCAGCUAAAGAUUAUACUUGCAAGGAUAUAACAAAGAAGCAACCAUACAAGAAUAUCAUCAAAGGGCAAUGGACAGCCGAUGAAGACAGGAAGUUGAUAAAGUUGGUGAUGCAACAUGGAGAGAGGAAAUGGGCAGUAAUCUCGGAGAAGCUUGAGGGAAGAGCAGGCAAGCAAUGUCGUGAGAGAUGGCAUAAUCAUCUCCGUCCUGAUAUCAAGAAAGAUAGUUGGAGUGAAGAAGAAGAGAGACUUCUUGUGGAAGCACACACCAGAAUCGGGAAUAAGUGGGCAGAGAUCGCUAAACUCAUACAAGGGCGAACCGAAAACUCGAUCAAGAACCAUUGGAAUGCGACAAAACGACGCCAAAACUCAAAACGCAAACAUAAGCGUUCAAAAAACGCGGAUAGUAACAGCGAUAUUGAUGAUCUCUCUCCAUCCGCUAAAAGGCCGCGCAUUCUCGAAGACUAUAUUAAAAACAUCGAGAAUAAUGACAAGAACAAUGGCGAGAACAUCAUGACUACUAGUGGUAACAAUGUUCUUUCGACUUCGAAUUAUGAUCAGUUCAAUUCUGAAGACUCUACAUCGUCACUCUUGGAUGAUCCUUAUGACGAAGAGCUUGUUUUCCUGAAAAAUAUCUUUGAGAACCAUUCGCUCGAGAACAUCAAUUUGAGCCAAGGUACGGAGAUAACCCAGUCUUCUUCAUCUGGGUUUAUGAUCGAGAACCCUAAACCUAAACCUAACUUGUACAACAAUACUUUUGGAACACAUCUUGGAGCAAUGGUCACAGAACCUGCCAAUUCUUCCCACCUCGCAUCUGAUAUCUACUUAUCUGAUUUGUUGAACGGUACGGCGUCGUCUUCUUCUUCACUUACUUUUCUGUCUUCCAACAACAAUGAGCAUGCCGGUGAAAACGAGUUGCUUUUGCCCCAAGCUAACUCCACUAGCGAAAGAAGAGAAAUGGAUCUGAUAGAAAUGUUGUCUGGUUCUACUCAAGGUAGCAACAUUUGGUUCCCAUUGUUCUAGCUACCGUAUGAUGUAUGAGAUCUCAUUAUCAUAUUGAUAAUUCCCUCUUCUUAUAUUUAUUUUAGUGAUUUAGUACUAUUUAAUUUUAUGUUUUUUUAAAACUAAAAAAGAACUUAGAUAUCUCAUAUUCAUGUUUCUUUUCAUAUCAAAAGAACACCAAGUUUAUGCGCUACAAUUGAUAGUCAGAGUUUUUUCUUCU